AUGGCACGGCAGCCGCUGCACGCGCCGUUCAUCCCCUCUCUCCCCGCUGCGACGUGUGGGGUCGUGCAGCAGGAGAAGACGGCGACAGCAGCAGCAGCAGCAGCAGGGCAGUCAACAGCCACUCCUGCAGCGGGAGUCUGCGGCGCAGUUGCUUCCUUAGGGGCCUCUGGAGCAGCAGGAACGACGCCAGCAGCAGCAACAACGCCAGCAGCAGCAACAACACCAGCAGCAGCAACGACGCUGUCGCCUGUCGAGUGCCCCUUAGCAGCAGAUUCCUCAGAACCACCGUCAGAGUCUGGAUUUCCUUCUGCUUGCGCAACAGGCGCUUCUCCCGCUGCGACUGCCACUGCCUCAACAGGCGCAGCAGCAGACGUGCUGCUGCUGGCUUACGGAGGCUCUCUAGAUCUGGCGAACGGCAGCAAGCAGCAGCAGCAGCAGCAACACUCGGCACAAGCAGUAGCAGCUGCCCCAGUGUCAACUACAACAGUUUCGCCCAGUGCUGUGCAAAAGGGAGCCUCGUGUGUGGCGUUUGCUCCCCUUGGCAGCAAUCACAGCAACGCCGCACCCUUAGAUCUCCAACAAUCAGUAGCACAAGCGCAAGCACAAGUUCAAGCAGCACAAGCGCAAGCAGCUGUCUGUGCAGCUUCCGCUGCGGGGGCGUCUUCUGUGACGGCUACGACGUCGGCGACUUCGAAAGGGCAGCCAGCAGGUGCAAAGAAACGCUGGAAAAGUGGUCAUCAGAAGCGAGUUGAGCGCCGUCUUCGAGAGGAGCUCGCCAGACGACAGCGACUGCUGGCUGCUGCAACGGCAGCUGCCGAGUUAGGAGAAGGGGGAGACGGCGCGCGGCAGCAGCCCUCUCAGUCUCACCAGUCUCAGCAUCAGCAGGCGCAGUCUCAUCAGCAGGCGCAGUCUCAUCAGCAGCGCUGCUCGCUCGGGGGAUACGGCGUCUUGCCAUCAAGUUUAGCUAUUUCCUGCUGCAGCAACGCUGCUUCUCCAGGAUCUUCGCCUCCUCGUGCGGCUGCUGCGGGAGUGACAGCGGGGUGGCUUCCUUCGCAGCAGCAGCAGCAGUCUGCCGCGCAGUGCGGAGGAGGAGAAAACGCUGCUGCUGCGGCGGCUGCUGCUGCGCUGCUCGCUGCGCUGCCGCUUGGCGGGGCAGUUCCGCCGCUUCCAGGAGCAGCAGCAGCAGCAGCAGCAGCAGCAGCAGCAGCAGGAGCAGCAGGAGCAGCAGCAGCUCCCUCGGGGACUGCUGCCACUGCCACUCCUGCGUCGCGUUCGAAGAGGGUGCAGAGGCGGGAGGCUCAACAACAAGGCUGUCUGGCAACAGUAGGAGAGGGCAUCCAGCAGCAGCAGCAGCUCGCGAAGGGUCAGGCAGCAGCGGCAGCAGCAGCAGCAGCAGCAGCAGGUUACCCGCCUCCACAAGCGGGCACGACGAGCGCUGCCUUCAAUCCGCUGGAUAUCUCGAGCAGCAAUUCCCAAGUUUUACAGCUGCUGCAUUCCCUCGCUGUGACGCGCUCGGCAGUGGCGAACGAGAAGGGUGGCUUUCUGCUCGCGCCAAAGUUGGAAGAAGCCGCAGCAGCAGCAGCAGCAGCAGCAGCAGCCGCAGAGGCAGGAGACGCCGCAGCAGCGGCCUUAGCGCAGGGGGCGGAGGCUGCAGCAGCGGCAGUACGCGCGCAGGACGGAGCAGCAGCAGCAGCAGCAGCAGCAGCAGCGGCAGACGCAAUUCAGAACGCUGCAGCUGCCUUGCGCUGCAGCAGCGGGGAGGCGGCACUGGCAUCCUCGGCAGCAACGGCAGCAGCCGCAGCAGCAGCAGCAGCAGCAGCUCCUGUUUCGCUCGCUUCUCUCUGUGUCGGUGCAGCGGCAGCAACGGCAGAGGGCAGCUGCAAUUCUCCGCAGCGGGCGAAGCGGCAGCGGAGCGGCGCUGGAGGAGGAAGCAGCGGCGGAGCAGCGCUGGAGCAGCAACAGCAGCAGCAGCAGCAGUUGCAGCAGCAGGUGCAGCUGUUGCAGCAGCAGCAGGACGGGCAGCAGUUUUUCGGAGGGGUCGACGCGGAGGCUGCAGAAGCUGCUUUGCAGGCUGCAGCGACUGCAGCAACGGCAGCAGAAGCAGCAGCCACUGCUGCGGAAUCUGCAGCAGCUGCUGCCUUGCAGGCAGCAAGUGCAGCAGCAGCUGCGGCACAAACGGCGGCGUCAGUGGCUUUCUGUCUUGCCGCAGCAGCGGAGCAAGCGCCUACAGGGGGUGCUACUGCAGCAGCAUCCAUUGCGCCUCCCUCAGUUAAGAAACAGCGGCCUUCCUCCCUUUCCUGCGCUGCAGGUUCCCCUGCGAUAACAGACUGUUAG